UGCCUCAGUGGGCUCGGCUUGCUGGUCUCUCUGGCGCCCGCGGGGCUGGGCAUGGAGAUCAUGGCGCAACCCACCAUCAGCGCGCUGAACGGCACGUCCGUGCGCCUCGCCUGCACCUUCAACUCCUGCUACAAAGUGGAGAACAAGGAGUUCUCCCUCAACUGGACCUACCAGGGCUGUGACAACUGCAGCGAGGAGCUGUUCCUGCAGUUCCGGAUGAAGAUUGUGCACUGGCGGCUGGAUCGCUUCGGGAACCGGGUGGAGUUCACCGGCAACCCCAGCAAGAACGACGUGUCCUUCACCCUCCACCAGGUGCAGCUGGAGGACGAGGGCAUCUACAACUGCUACGUGGGCCACGCCCGCAUCUCCCUCAGGGUCAUCACCGAAGCGCCCCCGGAGCGCGACUCCACGGUGGCUGUCAUCGUGGGGGCCUCCGUGGGGGGCUUCCUGGCCGUGGUGAUCCUGGUGCUGGUCGUCGUCAAGUGCGUGCGGAGGAAAAAGCAGCAGAAGCUGAGCACCGACGACCAGAAGACGGAGGAGGAAGGGAAGACGGACGGCGAAGGGAACCCCGAGGAGGGCACCAAGUAGCGGCCCCCUCUCCUUUCCCUGUACAGUGCGACCCCUCGUGUGCUUCCCCGGGACAGAUUUCAGCUCCCCGGAAUUACUGAGCAUCCUUCCCCCACAUAGCCCCGGCCCCAGGGCAGGCUGGGGAGAAGUCUGCUGCACGCCUGGCCUGAGCACGGGGCGGUGGGGGUGGAUUCGAGGAGCCUAAUGAGCACCAGGGUGCAUCGCCCUCCAAGCCAGGAGAGCUCUGGGUGCCAGGGUGUGGCCCAGGGCAGGGCCUGGAGCAAUCCGGGAGGGCGCUGGAGAGGGAGGGAGGCCCUGAGGACUGUGGGGCUUUGGGGAGAGGGCUGCAGCCGCUCAGCCUGAAGGGCCAUGGAGCUGGGGCCUGCAAGCC